GUAUAGAGCUUCUCACUCCAAUUAUCACACACUCUCUCUAUCUUUAUUUCUCCAUUCUUGUUUGGUUGUAGUGAUCUGAAACCCAUGUUUCCCACCUCUCCUUGUCUAAAAUCUAACAUGGGGUUGUAACAAAAACAGCCAGUCAUUAGUUGCCACACCAAAUUAACUAACAUUCUUGAUUAUGUGAUUAAUAUUGUCAAUACAUGUCCAGUAGUUCUUAGUGUAAUCAUCAUCAUCAAUGGAGGCUACUCAACAAAUGGGGUUUGUUCUAGCACUCUUUCUUUCACUUCUUUCAGUUGCUUACAGUGCUACAGACCCCAAUGACUUAGCCAUUAUCAUUGAAUUCAAGAAAGGAUUGGAAAAUUCAGAGCUUUUAAACUGGCCUGAAAAUAGUAAUGACCCUUGUGGUGUUCCUUCUUGGCCUCAUAUAAUUUGCAGUGGUAACAGAAUUCAACAGAUUCAAGUUAUGGGGUUGGGUUUAAAAGGUCCUUUACCACAGAAAUUUAAUCAGUUGUCUAAACUGACUAAUUUGGGGUUGCAAAAGAAUGAAUUCAGUGGAAAGUUACCAUCUUUUAGUGGUUUAUCUGAAUUGCGCUAUGCUUUCUUGGAUUUCAACAAGUUUGAUAGUAUUCCAUCAGAUUUCUUUAAUGAACUUGUGAGUUUAGAAGUGUUGGCAUUGGAUGAUAAUCCUUUGAAUGUUACUAAUGGUUGGUCUUUGCCUAAUGAGUUGCAAAAUUCAGCUCAAUUGACUAACCUGACUUUGGUGAACUGCAAUUUGGUUGGUUCUUUGCCUGAGUUUCUUGGAAAUAUGUCUUCUUUAGAUGUACUUUUGUUGUCAAAUAAUCGGCUUUCGGGGAGUAUUCCGAGUAGUUUUAAGGACUCUGAGCUGAAAAUGCUUUGGUUGAAUGAUCAGUCUGGCGAUGGAAUGAGUGGUUCACUUGACGUGAUUUCAAGAAUGAGAUCACUCACAAUUCUUUGGCUUCAUGGGAACCAUUUUUCAGGUAAAAUUCCAAAGGAGAUUGGUAAUUUGACAUAUCUUCAGGAUUUCAAUGUUAAUAGCAAUGAUCUUGUUGGUUUAAUUCCUGAAUCUUUAGCAAAUAUGCCAUUAGGCCAUCUUGAUUUGAAUAAUAAUCAUUUCACGGGUCCUAUUCCAAAUUUCAAGGCUACAAAUGUUACUUUUGAAUCCAACUCUUUUUGUCAAACCAAAACUGGUUCACUUUGUGACCCUCAAGUUAAUGCACUUUUAGAAUUCCUUGAUGAGUUGAACUAUCCAUCUAAACUUGUUGAAUCAUGGUCAGGAGAUAACCCUUGUGACGGGCCGUGGUGGGGAUUAAGCUGUGAUAUUAACCAAAAGGUUAUGGUGAUAAACUUGCCAAAGUCCAAUCUGUCUGGAACCUUAAGUCCUUCAAUUGCAAAACUAGACUCUCUUACUCAUAUUUAUCUUGGAUCUAACAAUAUUUCUGGUUCUGUCCCGUCGAGUUGGACUAGCUUGAAACAUCUGGUUCUGCUUGAUUUAAGUAAUAACCACAUUUCCCUUCCUCUACCAAAAUUUACUGCCCCGUUGAAACUUAUUCUAAGUGGAAAUUCACUAUUGAACUCUAGUCCUCUUAGAGCAAGCCCUUCACAAACGAAUAAUACUACAUCCCCUGGUGCUUCAUCUUAUUCACCUUAUUCACCCUAUUCUUCGACCAAUAAAUCAAGCUCUUCUAAGUCAAAGUUAGUAGUUAUUUUUGUGGUUCCUAUUGUGUGUUUUGCACUUUUAGUUUCGCUUGCUAUUCCGUUAUACAUUUGUAUCCGGAGAAGGAGUAUGGAUAGGCAAAAAGGUCCAACUUCACUUGUGGUUCAUCCUAGAGAUCCUUCUGAUUCGGAUCGCAUGGUCAAGAUCGCAAUAGCCGAUGAAACUAAAAGAAGUCUUUCGAUACUGACUGGAAGCGGUUCUGCUAGUGGUAAAUACCCUGUGAUGGAAGCUGGAAAUUUGGUCAUAUCAGGUCAAGUACUUAGGAAUGUAACUGAUAACUUUGCCCCACAAAAUGAACUGGGGCGUGGUGGUUUUGGGGUGGUUUAUAAAGGAGAAUUAGACGAUGGGACGAAAAUAGCUGUCAAAAGAAUGGAGGCGGGAGUAAUUAGUAGCAAAGCGUUGGAUGAAUUUCGAUCUGAAAUUUCUGUUCUUUCCAAAGUCAGACAUAGGCAUUUAGUGUCUCUAAUGGGAUAUUCUGCUGAAGGCAAUGAACGAAUUUUGGUUUACGAACACAUGCCACAAGGUGCUCUUAGUAAGCAUCUUUUCCAAUGGAAAAGCUUGAACUUAGAGCCUCUUUCCUGGAAGAGGAGGCUGAAUAUUGCAUUAGAUGUUGCUAGAGGACUGGAGUAUCUACAUACAUUGGCUCAUCAGUGCUUCAUACACAGAGAUCUUAAGCCCUCAAAUAUCUUGCUGACUGAUGAUUUUCGAGCAAAAGUAUCAGAUUUUGGACUUGUGAAACUUGCUCCUGAUGGAGAAAAGAACUCUGUGGUGACCAGGCUAGCUGGAACUUUUGGAUAUCUAGCACCUGAAUAUGCAGUUACUGGUAAAAUCACUACAAAAGUCGAUGUCUUUAGUUUCGGUGUGGUCCUAAUGGAGUUGUUAACUGGAUGGAUGGCACUUGAUGACGAUAGACCUGAUGAGAGCCAAUACUUAGUUGCAUGGUUCUGGAACAUUAAAUCCUCUAAAGAAAAACUUAUGGCAGCAAUCGAUCCGGCUUUGGAUGUGAAACAGGAGAGUACAUUCGAGAGCAUCUACACCAUUGCUGAACUUGCUGGCCAUUGCACAGCAAGAGAGCCUGGUCAACGACCCGAUAUGUCCCACGCUGUGAACGUGCUUGCCCCGCUUGUUGAGAAAUGGAAGCCUCUUGAGGAAGAUACAGACGACGAUUGUGGUAUUGAUUAUAGUCUUCCACUCGAUCAAAUGGUCAAAGGCUGGCAAGAAUCGGAAGGAAAAGACGUGAGUUGCAUUGAUCUUGAAGACACUAAAGGUAGUAUCCCUGCAAGGCCUACCGGAUUUGCUGAGUCCUUUACAUCAGUUGACGGUAGAUAAAAAAGUUAGUAAAUAUUCCUAUUCAGUAAAUGUGGAUAGCUUUUUGUUUUAUGUUGUGUGAUUUUGAUCCUGUUUAUCUGUGCUUUCAUUCAUUUUUGUUUGUAGAAAUUUCAAUCCAAUGUAUAGUAUUUAAGUUCCGUGAAAUGUAGAUAUGGUAUAGUGAUGAAUGAAAACUGUU